GGAGUAGUCAAUACUUUCGCUAACAUGCAGAUGUCCGGAGUAUUGUUUCUGCUUUGUGAGCACUUUUGCUUUCAAAAAAUCAUACUAAAAAAACCUGGAGCUUACUCGAAACAUGUUCAUUCGGUAUCGAAGACCUCAAGUGUGCACUCGAAGACUCUGUAACGCGGACAAUGACCAACAGUUUGGUGAUUGAAGUUUUUGCCCGUGUUUUAUUCAGCUUCACACGCGGCGUGACAGAGCAUUACGACCCUGAUGAGCCUGAAAUGGAGACCUUUGGAUGUAACGAUAGCUUAAGCAGUGAGGGUCGAGAGUGGAAUUGUCAGCCCGUUGAUAAACCCAUUUAUCAGGAAUAUUCGCCGCCUUCAGACGACGAUUAUGAGCUCAUGUCAGUUGGUAAUUCUCGAGUUAGAUAUCGGCUCAUUGACGCGAGCUCACCGGAUGAAGAUGAAGACGAUCAGCAAAAUGAAGAUGAUGAAAUGGCUUGGAAGCGAUUCAGACCAUCCGUUCUUCGCACAAUUUGUCAAUCAAUGUACAUCGGCGCAUUAAUUUCACUUCUAUCCGCUGUUAUCCUCGGCCUUUUUUACAUCACGAUCGCUUACCUCUCGUACGAAACGGCACGCAAGUGUCAUUUUCAACCAAAGGAGACAAUCCCAGUUAAAAUACAGUGGAUCAGAACAAUGUCUGAGGUGAUAGGUGAUGCCUUUCUUUACAUGUGGUUCUUUGUAGGAAUGGUUUUUCUUUUUCGACCGUAUCAGUUAAAGGGAGUGAAAAGAAAACUCGUUCUUGUUGCUUUUGUCUUGUUCUGUGUGGAUACAGUGUAUCACGUUGUCCUUCAAGUCUGUGGAAUAUCUCAUUCCAAGCUUUCUGUGACUCAGAAGAUUCCUCUCUACGUUAUAUUUCUAAUUAGCAUAUGUUGGCAAGUUUAUCUUCUAACAAAUCACUUCCGGAACCUGUCGAGUAGAGCGACUUUAUUCAUAAAAUUGACGACACCCUACUGCUCCACUUUCUUUCUUGCCAUCUUUGUAGAAACGUUUAUUUAUCCAAUGUACAACAAACAAACUGAAGAUGGAAAACUCCUUAUUGCACUCUUCUCACCUCUCUGUGCAGUUAUCUUUAAGGUAGCCUCACGACUUUGCACUCAACGCUUGAAGAAAAUUGCUCAUCCGGGAUACUCCUACAUCGUGUUAGUAACGUUGUAUUUUGGAUCUGCGAUCAUGUUUCGAGUAAUGCAGGCAGAACUUGAUAACCUCAAACUCAUCGCUGUUCUUGGAAUAAUUCACGGCGCGGUAGAAGUUUUAGAACGAAGUGCCAUGGUCUUCAUUGAUCAUAUUUGUCAUGUAAUCUUGAAAAGAAAAUCAGCUCCCUGGGGAAGUUAUCGCACUCCUCGCCGUGAGAGACUAAUGGCUGAUAUCGUUAUCAUAAGCAUGUUGUCUGAAUCAACUGGUAUUGUGUGUGUUAACGGAUUGUUGUACUUAUACCAAUUCAUUUACUUACAAAACAUCUCAUUGUUGAAGCUGCUUCAGGAAUUUGUUAUACGUACCUCAGUUCCGCUGGUUAUUGAAUGGUUUUUCACCGGCGUAUCCCUGGCCAUCGAGACUCGCUUUCAGAAUAUCGCGGUUAUGGCUGUUUGGCGUAAAAGAUGGAAAAGACACAUUUUGGUUGCGAUAACUUACCUGGUUCCACUAGCUGUUUGGACGACACCAAAUCUCUUGGAAGUUGUGCAUGGGCGCUUUGAUGAGUCUAAAGGUCACCAUUGCAAAAUGCCCUUUUCAUAGAGAACUUCUAAAAACUAAAUGCCGGCUGUCUUUCAGCCUUUCUUGUGUUAAGUGACUUGUGGUGGUGUCAGAGAUUGUUGACAUAUUACACUUACCGGUUAUUAUUAUCCAACUGCUAAAAGUAGAGUACAAAUAACACGCGAAUCGAGCACAAAUAUCCUGCGAUAUUGUACGGUUACUUGGACUGUUGGUUAUUUUGUGCUGUAAAAAAACCUGUUUAACCAGUCGAUUGCACGCGCUACGCUUCUCUAUCCGCUUUGCUUUUCCCACCUCUAUAAGAAAUGAGCAGAAAGACUUAGCAGAAUGGAUAAUCAAUAACUUAUUAGACGUUUUGGUGUGUAGUAUUGCUGAGUAUUUUUAAAUCUCAUGAGAUUCUUAAAAUUAAUAUAUUGAACUUCACACUUGAAUAUAAUUUCUUAGGCACUCAUGCUAGAAUUCAACGCAGCGAACCAAACACCUGCUUCACAGUUCUAAAAAUAGACUUAAACUAAUCUGUUGUAAAGUUUUAAACUAUUCGCCAGACUUCGUUAGAUGCAGUGUUGGUAAACUUUUGCUGGUGCGCAACCGUAACGUCUUCUACUUCAUCCUGAGGAAUGGGGUGAAGGUUAAGAAACGAGGAUUUACUAUUGACUACGAUGUCUCAUCUUCCAAUUUACUUAAUGUCUGAGUGGAAGAGCCAGGUGGGAGAAUAUUUGACUCGAGAUCAUGACCGAGAGCUAAACAUUUUCCUGUCCUUAAAAUUUUGUAAA